UCCAGGAAGUAAUUUAGUGUAGAGACAAAUUGAAAUGGUUCACGACUAACUGGAUGUAAAGAGCUAUACUGGUUUUGUGACCAAAGCUAUAAAAUUAUUUAAUAUAAAAUAUCGCUGCAGCAAUAACUGUAUCUUGUGAUGCACGUUAAAUCACAUAUAGUUGUAAUAUAACAAUUUAGUUAGAUACAGUAGCUAGCUAACAGUCAGUAGCUACUUCCACACUUGUGCUGGAUCGAUGUAAAAUAGUUCUGCUGGUUUGUGACACAUCGUGCAACUGGGUGCUGAAAAUUACCUCUCUUGGUGAGAUAUAGCAUCGGAAGAACUACAGCUGGACGUUUUAGAAAUUGUUUGACUUUUUUUCCCCUACCGGUUAGGCAAUAUACUUGGCAAACGGAUGUGGCUGCCACCUGCUAGCUAACGUUAGCAAUUGCUUGCAGUUAGCUAUUUUCCACUGCAAAUUGGUGACAUGGCUAUGACAUGCUGUUAGCUACUGUAAUCACAGCUGUCAUUUGAAUGUCCACGUUUCCAUGUCAAUGAGAAGUAGCUAUAGUUUGCUAGAGACCCCCCACUCUGGAAUUUGGUCUGGCACUGUUCGCCACCGAGUUCCCGUCCACGCAAGCUAGCUGAUUUGUUGCUACUAUUACUACUUGUCAAGAAUAGGAGGCGGUGGCAGCUUUGGUGGAUACAUUUCUGCCUCAGCUUAAUAGAGAUCACUGCCGAGGUGAAAUACUGCAGUUCAUGUUUCGACAAGAAGUCAGUGUACUGUCUUUUAUUCCGUCUUGUUCCUACCUUUUCCAACACGAGAAGAGGAAUAUGUCUAGAUAUAACAUUUACAGUCUUUUAGACUGGUUGUAUGGCGGCGUGGACCCAAAGUUUGAAGGCAACGGGGGCCCAGAAUGUGCCGCCUUUCUUGCACCGCAACAACGUAUCAGCGAGAGUUUUGUCAUGGUUCUGAUUUCCAUCGUGGAAGUUGUCGUCGCAUUGAGAAAAAUCAACAUUUGUAAAGAACUCAAAGAGAUUGCGAAAGAUGGGCCAAGGACGAAACAGGACAGUUUCGGCAAGAACCUGUUGCUGGUUGCUCUGUGUAUGACGUUUGGAGUAGAAGUCGGAUUCAAAUUCGCCACUAAGACCGUAAUAUACCUACUGAAUCCAUGUCAUGUUAUGACCAUGGUGCAGAUCUUCCUGCUGGCCUGUCCGCCAUGUAAAACAGCCAUGGUCAUCUUUAGGCUUCAGGUCCAUAUGCUGAACGGUGCUUUACUGGCCCUUGUCUUCCCUGUGGUCAACACUAGACUGCUUCCGUUUGAGAAGGAGGUCUACUACAUUCAGCAUUCCAUGCUCUACCUGGUGCCGGUAUACCUCUUCAGGAAAGGAGGUGUGUACAAGCCGGAGCCCUUAGGGGACAUGUGGUGGGCUAUCCUCUCCACUGGCAUCUUGUUCCUCUAUCACUUCCUGUUCCUACAGGGCCUGGGCCUGAUGACCGAGGUCAACCUGAAUAACAUGUUGUGUCCAGCGGUGUCUGACCCAUUUUACGGGCCUUGGUACCGGGUUUGGGCUGCGGGUCACCAGACCCUGCUGACCCUGGUCCAUGGGAAGGCCCUGACCCUCUUCUCUUACCACACCGGCCCCACCUGCAGGUACCUGCUGGACACCGCAAGACUUCGCAGCAAGGUCGACUGAACAGACCGACAAACAGACUCACACGGACGUAGCCUUUUUAAAUCCAAUGCCUGUUCUUACGUUGGGAUUUUCUAUCAACAUUUUUAAUGCAUCUUGUACAACUUACCUUUUUUUUACUGUAAAGAAUUAAGCAUUUCAGGGUGAAAUUAAACAAAGUUAUUUUUGUGUUAGGGAUGGCUUGCAUUGUUUGCAUUCACACAUGAUGGGAAGACUGCUGGAGUUGGUAGUAAUUGGUGUGUGGCUGGCCAGGGGAAAUGAGCUUUUUCUUUUGUCUUGGUCAGAUUUCCUGAACCUGAGUUACUCAUGUUUCUAAAAGUUAUUAUUUUUUUUUUUUUUUCUAAAGUUGCCUUUUGUAGUUAUGUUCAGAAAAAUGGGGCUAGCCUACAUAUCACUGAAUUGUCAUUGUUACUGUACACCUUAAACUCUUAAUUUGUGCUUGCUAUGACAGUUGGCCCAGGUAUGGGUCAAGUUGCCAUUUUGUGUUUUUAUUUAAGAUAACGUUAUCUUUGACAUGUUUAAUCCAUUGUAAAAGCCAUCACUUUGUGAUAUUUUGUUUGUUAGAAGAGUAACGGUUGUGUGAUGCAUGUGUCUCUGUCAUAUCUGUGGUCACAGCCUCUGCUGACAAUGAGAAACCUGUUCCUCACAUCUUUGCUGGAUCAAGUGGUAUAAAUGAGAGGGCUCCUGCAUCUUUGUCCCAUCACUCAUUUUACUCAACUGCAGAGGUGAAAGAGAAUGUAAGGGGCCUUUUUACAGACAAGUGUUUGUCCUGUUGGAUCAUUAUGGACGAGGGGAAUUUACAGGAAGGUAUCUUGAUGUACAGUGCCUUUAAAGUAUUCAGACCCUUUGACUUUUUCCAAAUGUUGUUAGCUUACAGCCUUAUUCUAAAAUUGAUGGGGAAAAAAACAUGUAAUACAUCUACACACAAUACCCCACAAUGACCAAGCAAAAACAGUUUUUUUGAAAUUCUUGCAAAGUUAUGAAAUAAACAAAUACCUACAGUGCCUUCUGAAAGUAUUCAGAGUCCUUACAUUCAAACCCUUUACUCAGUACUUUGUUAAAGCACCUUUUGGCAGUAAUUACAGCCUCAAGCCUUACUGGGUAUAUUGCCACAAGCUAGGCACACCUGUAUUUGGGGAGUUUUUCCCCUUUCUUCUCUGCAGUUGUUUGAUCGGGUAAAAUCUGUGCUCUGGCUGGGCCACUCAAGGACAUUCUGAGACUUGCCCCGAAGCUACUCCUGUGUGGUCUUGGCGGUGUGCUUAAGGUUGUUGUCCUGUUGGAAGGUGAACCUUUGCCCCAGUCAUAGGUCCUGAGCGCUCUGGAGCAGGUUGUCAUCUGUACUUUGCUCCGUUCAUCUUUCCCUCGAUCCUGACUAGUCUCCCAGACCUUACUGCUGAAAAACACCCCCACAGCAUGCUUCACUGUAGGGAGGGUGCCAGGUUUCCUCCAGAUGUGACGCUUGGCAUUCAGGCCAAAGAGUUCAAUCUUGUUUUCAUAAGACCAGAGAAUCUUGUUUCUCUUGGUCUGAGUGUCCUUUAGGUGUCUUUUUGCAAACUCCAAGCGGGCUGUCAUGUGCCUUUUACUAAGGAGUGGCUUCCGCCUGACCACUCUACCACGAAAGCCUGAUUUGGUGGAGUGCUGCAGAGAUGGUUGUCCUUCUGGAAGGUUCUCCCAUCUCCACAGAGGAACUCUGGAGCUCUGUCAGGGUAACCAUUGGGUUCUUGGUCACCUCCCUGACCAAGGCCCCUCUCCCCUGAUUGCUCAGCUUGGUUGGGUAGCCAGCUCUAGGAAGAGUCUUGGUGGUUCCAAAUCUCUUCCAUUUAAGAAUGAUGCAGGCUACUGUGUUCUUGGGGACCUUAAAUGCUGCAGAAAUGUUUUGGUACCCUUCCCCAGAUCUGUGCCUUGACACAAUCCUGUCUGAGCUCUACGGACAAUACCUUUAACCUCGUGGCUUGGUUUUUGCUCUGACAUGCAGUUAAUGUGGGACCUUUUUAUAUAGACAACUGUGUGCCUUUCCAAAUCAUGUCCAAUCAAUUGUAUUUAUCACAGGUGGACAGGUGGAGUUGUAGAAACAUCUCAAGGAUGAUCAAUGGAAACAGGAUGCACCUGAGCUUAAUUUAGAGUCUCAUAGCAAAGGGUCUGAAUACUUAUGUAAAUAAGUUAUUUCUGUUUUUUUUUUAAUGUGCAAAUAUUUUUGCUUUGUCAUUAUGGGGUAUUUUGUAUAGAUUUCUGAGGAUUUGUUUUAUUUAAUCCACUUUAAAAUAAGGCUGUAAUGUAACAAAAUGUGGAAAAAGCCAAGGGGUCUGGAUACUUUCUGAAUGCACUAGGUUUUGGAUACAGCACAGUUGUCAAAAGGGUGAGAGUAACGAUGUCCUGUGCCUGUUGAGAGAGGGGAUCUGAAAGGUAGAGAUGGCCUUCAGAGAUGAUUCAUUAAAGGUAUUUAGGGCUCUAUGAAAUCCGUAUUGCGGAAGUUCGGCAUUACAGCGUGAUUGAAAUGUAAAGGCAUUGUUCCUGAGUUAGCGGUAAACGCUUCAUAUGUUGACUUCAGUGAUACAGAUUGAAGAGCCUUUUGAUCAUGGGGCAUAUUCAGUGGUUUGCUAUCAAGGUUGCGGAUUAAAUGUAUGUGUAACGUCAGUUCUCAAUCAAAUGUCUGUUCUAUACAUUACACUUCAAUCUACAUUCUGGGUGUUGGUUAUUUUUAAGGGGCAGCCCAAUUUCAGUCCAUAUAUCUACAUAACCGAUCACAUACUUUGUUUAAUGUAUCUGUUUAUUGAUUACCUGCAUAGCUCUACUUCGGGACAGUCAUUGGGAACCCCUGUUUUAAGGGAAGUAUCUGUUUUAAAUACAAUUUCCUAUUCCCUAUCACUUCGAUCGAUCCCAUUUUGUAAUGAGGGAUUGUGUUCCCUUACACAUUAGAAAAACAAGGGAUAUGGUAUACUUUUGUACACUUUUCUGGGUGGAUGUGCAAUGUGCUGUAUUGACAAUAAAUGUGAUUUCUGCCCUUAAAUGGUUUUCUCAGUGAAUAGCUCAGGAACUAAUAAAUAAUUCAUUGGAUUUAUAUAGUGCUCAAAAGAGUAAGGGGGAACACCUCUACCAAUGUGUACCACCAACAAUAUUAUCCAAGCUGUAAAUAUAACCUUGUGUAUUGUAAUAAAACACCCAUGACACAAAACAUACGCACACAAUUUUGUAUAUUUUCACUUGGUUUUACAUUUUUUAUUGGAUAAAUGAUUUAAAGGUAAUAAAUGUUUAACUACAUUAUCUCCACAGCCAUUGCUCACAUACCCACUGAUAACCCAUCAAUAUAUGAUAUAUGAUUUUUUCCCCCACAAUUUUUGGGGGUGGGUAUUUUUUUUAUAUGCCAUACUAUCAUAAAUGCCCAUUAAGUCUCAUCACACUAACAGCAAUUCAAUGGGGAAGGAGGAUCUAGCUCUAAAGGUAAGUCGUUUAUUUCCCAGUUCAUAUUAUUCCAUCAACAUUUUCAAGUUACUAAAGUUGAGAAAGUGAACCAAAAAUUAAAAGUAGAAGAAAUAAAAGGUGGUUGUGAGGGGUUACGCCAGGCAACCCCACAUCCUGUCAUGCCACCACAGCAGAGACUGUCACUCUGCACAGCAACAGGUCUCAACUUGGUGUCUGAAAUUUUCUGAACAUAGAAAACCACAAUUAAUUUAGAAACUAGAUCCAAAAUAUUUUUUUGAAAAUAAUUGAUGUACAAAAAAGUUUUUUUUUCUUAAAGUACAUUUUCUUAUAAAAGUUUUCAUUUGUAGAUCAGUGCGAUUGUAUUCCAGUGCAGCUACUGGGUCCAGAGUAAAGAAAAGAGGCUUUUUCAUCUUUAAUGGCAUAAAAAAGAGAAACUCAUCUUUUAUAUAUGAAGUAUAACUGCUGGUCUUUAGGAAAAAAACACAUAGAAACCCAUAAAUCUAGGAGGCACGCUAUGGGGUUUUAUUUUUUGUUGCACAAAUUAUAUUGAAAAUAAUCUGACAAAAUAAACUGUGCAACCAGGUAAUUUCACUAUCCUUGAUGCCUGGUAAGGCUUCAAACAGAAUUUUAAAAAGUAAUUGAAUAAGCAGUUGCUAAAGAAAGAAAGUUAGAAAUCGUACAAAAAAAGAAAAAGACGGGAAAGAAAGAAGUCAUUUUGUCUCUUGCAGGGGUGUUUUUUGGAAGGACAGGAAGCCAGGCCUGAAGAGCAGCAUGUGGACGUGGCCAGAGGCAUCUUUGGUUCGGUCGAACAUACAAAAGGUUAUAUGAGCUUAAGCAUUCAACAAAGAUAUAUGCAUACACAUACAAGGAAUGCUGGGACUAAACCAUAACCCUGGUAUGGAACCAAAUGACAUUCUGUCUUUAACAUUAUCCUAGUUGUGUCAGUAUGAACAAUGGGCAGAGGUGUGCUGCAAAUGAGCAGUCAGAAUCACAUUUGACUGGUAUUCAUGAAUCUUGACUUAGGUAAGAAAAAAAUAA